GCUAGUGUGUAAACACAGCAGUGGUUUCGGCUUCACGUGACUUCUGAAAGUCGAAUAUUGUUAUCUAUAAAGUUAAAAGUCAAUUAAGUGAUAUUUAAUUUAAUUAUACUAUGAAUAUUAUCCGCUUAACGGUUAGAAACGUAAGAAAUUUAAAGGCAGUACAACACUGCAGAAACUUUCAUCGUUCAGCUGUUCGACACACUGGGAAACAAGAUGUUUUUGUUUAUGGAUCCCAUGUGCUGGAGGCAAUGAACAAUGGAUUGCCGAUUGUGGCACUGGAAUCAACAAUAAUAACGCAUGGAAUGCCUUACCCUGAAAAUCUGAAAACUGCUUUACAAGUGGAGGACGCAGUCCGCAAAAAUGGAGCAGUGCCAGCAACGAUAGCAAUUUUAGAAGGUAAAGUCCACAUUGGAAUUAAUCAAGAUGAGAUAGAACGAUUAUCGCAAACUCCUCGCCAGAAGGUAAUAAAAUGUUCACGAAGAGAUUUUCCAUUUGUGAUUUCUCAAAAAUUAAAUGGCAGUACAACAGUUUGCGGUACGAUGUUGAUGGCUAAGCAGGUUGGCAUACAAAUUAUGGCCACUGGAGGAAUUGGAGGUGUACAUCGUGGGGCAGAAAUAAAUUUUGAUGUUAGUGCAGAUUUGAUGGAACUCAGUCGAACUCCUGUUGCAGUUGUAUGUGCAGGAGUUAAAGCCAUUCUCGAUAUUCCCAAGACUCUGGAGUACUUGGAAACAGAAGGUGUGCCUGUUGUGACACUUGGUGACUCUAACAAUUUCCCUGCAUUUUAUUGCCGUGAGACUUUUGAUAAAAUAAAAUCUCCAAUGAGAGUAUCGACUUCGAAAGAAGCAGCCCAUUUAAUUAGAGCACAGAGAAAAUUAAAUCUUAACACUGGAAUGCUGUUGGCAGUUCCAAUUCCAGAGUUCCAUGCAUUAAAUCCAGAAGAAAUAGAAGAAAGUAUACAGAAAGCUCUAAAGAAAGCAAAUACAAAGAAUAUUUUUGGGAAAGAAAUUACUCCAUUCCUUCUACAAGAAAUUGCUGAACUUACAGCUGGUCGAUCUGUUCAAGCCAAUAUAGCUUUGAUCACAAACAAUGCAAAAGUUGCAGCGGAAAUAGCUCGAAAUCUCACUAUUGAAAAUGAUUAUGAUCAUUUCCGGCCAUAUAGAUUAAAGGGAAAACCUGUUGUUAUUGGUGGAGCGGUAUUUGACACGACUUUGCAGAUGAAGGAACUUAAGAUAACGUUUAAUGGAAGCACACACAAAGGACAAAGUCGAGAAGCUUGCGGUGGAGUUGGUCGAAAUGUGGCCUCUGCUCUUAUCAAUCUUGGUGUGGAUGGUACAAAACUUAUUUCAGUCGUCGGAAAUGAUGAUGCUGGUAAAGCAGUAAUUCAAACCCUUCAAGAAGGAGCUGAUACCAUACAUAUUUUAACGGAUGCACGUACAGCAAGGUUUAAAUUCGGGAACUCCAUAAUUGGAGGAUUUUUUACUUUGGACAUUUUCUGUCGGAAAUUUUCCAAUUCGGUCAACGGAGGUAGCAGUUUUUGGACAACAAUUCUCUUUACUCCACGAAAUCAAAUCAAACAAAGAUCGAAUGACGCGACGCUUCGGGAACACCAACGAUAUACCGCCAUACUGGACAAUAAUGGCGAGUGCUGCUUCGGAAUUGGGGAAAUGGAAAUAUUUUCAGAGAUUAGCAGUUCUUUGAUAAAGAAACAUCACUCCAAAUUGCAAGAAGCGGAUCUUAUCGUCCUCGACGGUAAUCCACCCAUAGAAACUAUGCGAACGGUUCUCGAUAUCGCAGAAAAUUAUAGAAAAACAGUUUGGUAUGAACCUACCGAUAUUCAUAAGGCACUCAAGAUUUUUGAAGCUGGAUCACAAUGGAAAAAUGUCUUACAUUUCGUUUCUCCUAACAAGAAUGAACUUCUAGCUAUGGCACGAUUUUUCGAAAUUCCAAUGGAAAAUGAAGAUUUUAAUAAUUACGAGACGGUUAGACAAGUGGCAGAACGUUUAGCUGAAAGAAUUCCAGUGGUAAUUACUACUCUAGGGCCACUUGGAGUCUUAGUAGUUCGAAAGGCAUCAAAAGAAGAUGCAUUUUACGAUGAAAAAGGUCGUUUGAUUGAAAAUGAGGAUAUCCAGUCCCACUUAUAUCCGCCUCUUUCGCAAGUUGCUGAAAAACAUAUCCAGCAAAUCAGCGUAAGUGGUUGCGGAGAUUGUCUGGCUGCUGGUAUAAUUGUCGGAAUUUUAAAUGGGCUAGAUGAGGCUAAUUGUAUUUCACACGGCCUUAAAGCUGCAGCUGUGUCACUGACAUCUUUUGAAGCUGUACCUCCUACAAUGUCUGCACUUCAGUUAACAAAUAUUCGUGGAUAAAAUUGACAGAAUUAACUUUAAAUUUUCUAUAGUAAUAUUGACCAUAGAAAAUAUUAUGAAUUUUAUUUUUGAUACCCUAUUUUAAUCUUAAAAUUAACCGAAAUCAAAUAUUCGCAAAAUAGAUAGAUAUAUUUUUGUGAAUUUAUAUUUUUAUAUAUACAUAAAAAUUAGGUGGAAUGUUCGUUGAGAAAAUUUGUGAUCUAGCAUCGAACAGAGAAAAUUAAAUACAAAAAUUAAUAAUUAGAAGACGCCCUACCGAUAGAAAUUUUUGAAUAUUCACUGAUGAUUCUCAGGCUCAGAGAAGUUUCGGAGAAUAUACUCCGUGGGCACUCAGGUAGAUAUUCGGGUGAUUUCCAUUUCAUCGCGUUGUACCUGCUCAUCUUACCCUCUCCACUCGACUUCUCCUCACGUCUCUGACUAAGCG